CAGAUUAUGGACUCGAUUAAAGAAGCUGCCGAUGUUAAUGUCGAGCUACUACAUCGCUAUCAAAAAGAAAUGAGAUUAAGGAAGAAAUACCAUAAUGAAUUAGUUGAAUUAAAGGGUAAUAUUCGUGUUAUGUGUCGUAUUCGACCCGCAAUUGACCAAGAUGGUCCUGAACCCGAAAACAUUAUCAGCUUUGACAAAACUGAUGAUAGUAUAAUCAAUGUCGCCUACCGUGGUAGUAAGAAAAUAUUUGAACUAGAUCAUAUCUUCAAACCAAAUGCAACUCAAGUUGAGGUAUUCCAUGAGGUUGGCAAUCUUAUUACGUCUUGCGUAGAUGGCUUUAAUGUGUGUAUAUUCGCCUACGGCCAAACUGGAAGUGGUAAAACCUAUACAAUGGAGGGUCCACCUGAUGAUCAUGGAAUCUAUCAACGUUCUCUAUUAAAAAUAUUUCAUGAAAUUGAAGAGCGAAAACCACAUUGGAACUAUCAAGUCUUUGUUUCACUAACACAAAUCUAUAAUGAAUCAUUACAUGAUUUACUUGGCAAAGAUCCGAUGGCAAAAUUAGACAUAAAGCAAAAAAAGGAUGGUAGUGGUCUUUACGUUCCCAACCUUAACAUUGUUGAAGUUAAAUGUGUAAAAGAUGUUAAUAAUAUACUUGAAGAAGGAGGCCGUAAUAGGACAACAGCGGCUACCCAAGCUAACGUAGUAUCUUCACGUAGCCACGCACUUUUAUGCGUAGAAGUUAUUGGUACCAAUGCUAAUAAUACUGCAACUUCACAAGGCAAACUAAAUCUUAUAGAUCUUGCUGGAAGUGAAAGAGUAUCAAAAAGCGGUGCUGAUGGAGAACGUUUGAAAGAGGCACAAUAUAUUAACAAGUCAUUAUCGGCUUUAGGAGACGUAAUUCAUGCUCUUAGAAACAAAAUAGCUCACAUUCCAUUUAGAAAUUCGAAAUUGACCUAUUUGUUGAAAGAUUCAUUAAGUGGUAAUAGUAAAACAUUAAUGAUGGUACAAGCGUCUCCAGCAGAGAAAAAUGCAAGUGAAACAAUGUGUUCUUUAAGUUUUGCACAAAGAUUAAGAACGAUUGCAUUAGGAGCUGCACAAAAAAAGACAGAAUCGAUAGUAGACGUAAGUAUUAAACAAAAUAAAAAUGCUUAUUAUAGGUGA